UCACAACACUGAUGCGAACAGCCGUGCAAACUGAGAAGGUAAACGGCGGCAACCAAAAUAGAAAGAAAAGCCCAAUUGAUAGGCGUUGAAAGAAACUCAAUUUUCUAUACGUAUGUCUUUAUUGCUAUGUCCAAGCGCAAUAAUAUAACCUACGUGAAGCCACAGGAACCCAGUUUUUUGGCCAAACUCAAGGCGGAGAUCGGCUACAAGGAGGGGCCCACCGUCGAAACAAAGCGCCAAAGACUAGAGGAUCUGGAUCAGGAGGACUACGACUCCAGUGAGGAGCGACCUGAGCGAGAAGACGAAAAGCCACAGAUUGUGGUCCUAGCGCGUGGGGAUCUCACGGCUGAUGAGGUGGCCCUCGAGCAGCAGCGCAUAGCGAAAGAAGAAGCUGAGAGGCCGGCGGAUUUGAGCCAACCGAUUGUAUUUAAGCAGCGGGUUAAGGAGCCCAAAAUCAAAACCGAGGACAAACCAGAGAAAUCGGAGAAGCCGCAUAAAUCGAAGGAUAAAAAAAGCAAAAAGUCAAAGUCGAGCAGCAGCAAAUUGUCGUUCAACGAGGACGAGGAGGACGCCGAGGCUGGCGAGGAUUGAAAUCUAUAA